AUGCAGAAGGUCAUGAACGAAGAGAACGAAAAUACAGCAACUGUGAGUUUUGAGGGCACUGGCGGUCCUCUUAUCAACAAUGCUCCCAACUGCUACCUUUCAGGUUGGAGACUGCACUGCACGACGCUGGGAAUUGUGCUGUCACUACUCUUGGCGAAUCUUGAAGUUACUAUUGUAGGAACAUCUCUUGUUGCUAUUGCAAAUGAUCUUCAAGGCUUCAGUGAGACGAGCUGGAUUGUUAGCGGAUAUUUGGUGACAUACAUGGGGUUCAACAUUGUAUGGGGCAAGCUGAGCGACAUCUUUGGCCGGAAAAGUAUGUUCAUCUUGAGCAUGACCAUUUUCACAGUCUGGUCUGCUGGUUGCGGAGCGUCACGAACAAUGAAUCAACUUAUCAUCUGUCGCGCAUUCCAAGGCAUCGGUGGUGCUGGUUGCUAUUCACUCGCCACCGUUCUAACAUACGAAUUCGUACCCCAGGACAAACUUGGCAUGUACGGUGCUUUGAACUCGAUGUCAGUAGCGCUUGCUACGCUAAUGGGACCAUUGUUCGGUGGCGUCAUCAAUAAUCACACUACCUGGCGCUGGAUCUUCUAUCUCAAUAUUCCCGCUGGAGCCUUCGUUAUAGCCGUUCUAUUUAUCGGCAUUCCCAACGGAUUUCCACACCAUAAUUCUCCCCAGGACAGAUCCAGAAAACUGAAAGGACUUAAGGUAUUGCAGAGAGUCGAUGUGUUUGGCCUUAUCAUGCUCCUCGCAGGGUCUCUUCUGCUCUCCGCCGUUCUCCUUGAGUACUCUCUACGAAAUGGGUGGUCAAGCCUAGGCUCAGUUCUCCUCCUAAUAUUUGCAAUUAUUAGCUGGAUUGUGUUCCUAGGAUGGGAGUGGUACAUUGCAGUGGGAGGCACUAAGACAGAAGCGCUGUUUCCUUGGGAGUUCAUGCAGGACCGACCUUGGAUGGGGAUUCUUCUGUCAACGUUCCUCUGCGGAAUGCCAUUCAAUGUACUCGUCGUAUUCGUGCCGCAGAGAUUACAGACCGUUUCGGGAUUCAGCGCGUUAGGGGCUGGGGAGCGCUUGCUUCCAUAUACCUUUAGCGCCGCAUUGGGAGCUGCGCUUGCGAUGAUUAUGGGCUCGAAGAGACGUCUUGCUGUCGUCUAUAUUUUCAUAAUCGGAGCCUCAUUACAGACGACAGGAACGGCACUUCUGACAACCCUCCCAAGCACUAGCGAGUGGCCGGUCCGGGCAUACGGAUUUCUUGUUAUUGCCGGGGUGGGAUUGGGAGUCUCAUUUGGAAUCAGCAUUUUGGCAACGCCCUUCGUCGUUGCUCCGAAGAACAUUGCUGUUGCCGGUGGCUCGCUCAUCCAAUUCCGUUUUCUUGGUGGAAUGGUUGGGCUUGCCAUUGUCUCUAACGUGUUCAACUCACGACUUCAGGACAGGCUCAGGGGAUUAAUCAGUCCUCAACAGCUACUCGCAUUAGACCAAGAUGUUUCAGUGCUUGGGACGUUCGCCCCGGAUCUCAAAAGCAAAGUUCUUUCGGUUUUUGCUCAAGAAUACAAUUACCAGAACAAAAUACUUACUGCAUUUGUCGCUGCCCAGGUGCUGGCCGCGGGAAUGGUCUGGAAUAGGCGCUGGUCAAAGUUGGGAUGA